UUAUUUUGCUUCCUCGACGCACAUGACAAACCAACGUGGCUUUCGGGUUUUAAAAAUAAUUUCUGCUUUUGUUAGACGUAAUUACAUGUUAGGUGAAGAAAACAUUUUUACGCAAACAGCGUCAACGACAUAAGCUGUUUAAAAGUAACUCUGUUAGUUUUUUUCUGCAUGAGAUACGCAGUUUUGAGAAUUUAAACUAACAUGUUUAAUGAAGAUGAAGACUGGAGUGAUGAACAAGAAGCCCAGGUUUUGAGUGAAACUGUUCUCAAAAAAACACAGAAGGCGAACAGCAGCGCAGAUGUUAAGGUUGUGGGGAAAAAGAGCCUGCUGCGGACCCUGCAGACACUCGGAUCAGUACCAGAGUGGGAGAGCAACAACCCUCUGCAGGGUAGUGACAGUGAGACAGACACAGCACCAUCACACAGUAAGAAGAAGAAGAAGAAGAAAAGCAGGAGGAAAAGAAAACAUACAGAGAAAUCAGAGGAGCAGCAAGAGAAUGAAGAUAUUAAUCAGACAGUCAAGGAGGAAACACCUUUACCAAAAAAAAAGAGAAAAGGAAAGGAAACUGGGUCCACAAACAAAAUCACUGCUGGAGAGAAAAAGGAGAAAGACAUCACAGAUUCUGCUCAAGUUAACACAAACAUACCACAAAGCACAGAGAGAAUGAAUAGACAACAGUGGAAAAACAAGAUGAAGAACAAGAGAAAAUGCAAAAAUAAAUUCAGACAGAAUAAACCUGAGGAGACUGCAAACAAAGCAGUGACGGCUCAUAAACAGGAGCCAAAGGAAGAGGGCAAAAUAGAUUCACAAAACGACAAUAACAACAAUGAAAACAUCAAUCAGGCAACAACCCAGAAAAGAAAGAAGAAAGAGCGUAAACCACUGAAAAGGAAAAACACUGACGAGGACACUACAUCCACAGAGGAACAGCAACAGAAAGCAGAGAAUAAAAUGCAAAGAAGAGAAGCUGAGAAAAGUUCAUCAGAUUCAUCUGGUGUUGGAUCAAAACACAUCAUAGGUGAACUUCAAGUGAAGAUCACAGAUGAUCAGCAGGAGUCCUCCAUGACAAGACGCAAACCUGAGCUGGGCAAAGAACAGAGUCUGAAAAGACAGAAACUCCGGAAGAUCCUCUUCAGCCAGGAAACGGACCAACGUGCAAGUCCAGCUGAGCAGAAAGACGGGCCGGCCUUGCUGGAGGAGGCGAAAAAAAGCGACUCCUUCCGAUCACGCAUGGAGCAACGGUUGGAAUCGGCUCGUUUCCGCUACAUCAAUGAAGUUUUGUACAGUACAACCAGCGGCGAGGCAAAGCGGAUGUUCCAGCAAGACCCGCAGGCUUUCUGGAUUUACCAUAAAGGUUACACGGCACAGGUUCAGAGGUGGCCUGCAAAUCCAGUGGAUGAGAUCAUCGCUUACAUCCAGAAAAAAUCUCCCUCUCUGGUGGUUGCAGACUUUGGGUGUGGUGACUGUAAAAUAGCACGCAGCGUGAAGAAUAAAGUGCACAGCUUCGAUCUUGCAGCUACCUGCGACCUCGUCACAGUCUGUGACAUGGCAAACGUGCCUCUUGAUGACGGCUCUGUGGACAUCGCUGUGUUUUGUCUUUCUCUCAUGGGGACCAACCUGGCUGACUUCUUGGCUGAGGCCAAUCGAGUAUUAAAAAAUGGGGGGGUCAUUAAAAUCGCAGAAGUGGCGAGUAGAUUUGAUAACGUGCGGAACUUCAUCUCUUCUCUGGCAAGUCUUGGAUUCAAGAUGGUGUCCAAGGAUACAGAAAACACACAUUUCUACUCCUUUGAGUUUAAGAAGACAGGAAAUGCUCCAAAAAACGUAAAGAAAUAUGGACUGCAGUUGAAGCCCUGUGUGUACAAGAAAAGAUGAUGUCGAUGAUGGAGUUGAGUGUGCACAUGUGCAGAUAUUUUGCCCGUAUAGAAAAUGUCUAUGUAAAUCAGAACAUUGAUGUACUGCUCUUGGUUCAGUGUUUUUACAAAUCUGUUUUAUUUUCAGUGGGGUUAAAAGUCCAUAAAUUAAAAAAGAAAUGAACACCCUGAACACUCAGUACUUCCUGCUUAUAAAUGUUAGCAUUCAGAAAUCUUCUGGUUCUGUUAGGUUCCUGCAUUCUUCUACCUGCUCUUCUUUAAGGUUCAUAAGAUUAUUAUUAAACAACAACAGCAAAACACA